CCAGCAACCCUGGACAAUAAUAUUGCAGCCCUUCAGAGACGCUCUGAUCAUAUUUAUUAGAGCGGAAAUGAUUGAAUGCUAUUUUGGUGAUUAGGAAUACAUGUAGCUAGCACACUAGUUUUAAGGUUGUAUGUGUCUAACCAGCAAACUUGGCAUGUUAAUUUCGGAAUUUAGUUAAUGUUAGACCAUUCCAUUCGCCAUUUGGAGAGAAACCUCGAGCUGUUGGGUUAGUUGGCAAGAUAACUGGACACAGUAACGCUGACCGCUAGCUACGGUUAUGUGGGACGAUGGUGAUAAAGGCUAGUUAGCUAAAUGCAUUUUGUUAGCUAACUAUAGUAGGCCAGUUCUCGUAACCUGAUGCAUACCGGUACCAGUCUAUUGCUACGUGUUGAAAAAUGCUAGGAUGUUCAAAAAUGUGUUCGGGUCAGGAUUUAUUGUAAGAACCGCGCACGUUAUCCUGACAUGGGUAAUAACACUGAUACUCUUCCUACAUGAUACAGACCUGAGGAAGCAAGAGGAGAGGGGAGAGCUCAUCCAACCUGUGCUCUUUGUCUUGCUGGUCCUUGUGUCUGUGUUGCUGUACUUUGCUGUCUCACUCAUGGACCCUGGCUUUGUCCUAUCUGACGGUAGUGACUUACAGUUUACCCUUGGCAUCGCUGAGGAGACGCAGGAUAUGAUUCCCCCAACAACCAAGUCUCUGCGACAGCGGCGCUGUGGUCAUUGUCUGCUCCAGCAGCCAAUGAGAUCCAAGCACUGUCAGACCUGUCAGCACUGCGUGCGUCGCUACGACCACCACUGCCCCUGGAUCGAGAACUGCGUGGGUGAGAGGAACCACCGCUGGUUCGUGCUCUACCUGGCUGUCCAGCUGUUGGUGCUGCUGUGGGGCCUCCACAUGGCCUGGUCGGGCUUCACCACGGCACCCACCUGGCAGCUGUGGCUGCGCGGCAAUGGCGUGCUGCUGGGUACAGUGGCGGUAGUGGCGGUGCUCUCCCUCACCGUGCUCCUACUCCUGGGCUCCCACCUCUACCUAGUCUCCCUCAACACCACCACCUGGGAGUUCAUGUCGCGCCACCGCAUCUCCUACCUCAAGCACUGCGGCGCUGACGAGAACCCGUUUGACCGUGGUGCGCUGCGCAACCUCUGGGGCUUCUUCUGCAACUGGGGCGCCAUAGUGUGGGAACAGGUGUACUUCAGAGAGGGCAAUGACCCCAUCUGAUGAGCAAACAAGCUAACUAACUCGUCGUCUACUCAAGUUCUUCAUUCCUUCCCUAGAAUUCCUCCAAUUGAGUUUACAUCCUCCUUUCUAGAAGUAUCUUUACAUGAGACAGACAUCCAAAUGAACUAUGAACUCCUCUCAUUACUUCAGUUGGUCACUGAACUUUGCAAGUUCAGUUUAGUAUGUAAGUGGAUUUCAAUGGAAUUGAGCGCAAUCCUGGUAUUUAUUUCAGUUGACUAGUGACGUGAUAAAAAAAAAACAUUUGUCAGGAAGACAGGAAAAGUUUCACUGAAACAAACAGGUCAGAUAUUCAGUAAGAAAGGUAAUUGCAGUGAGCCUGUGAAUAGUAGCGCGAUUCUUAGUGUUGCUCUGUUUAUUUCCUAUCCUUCCAACUUACCAUUGCCUUUGACAACCACUACACUCCCACCCACUCCAAUACCUUCUUCUGUCCAAAGAAUAAUAUCUAAGAGUGAAGAGUAAGAAAAAUAUCACUGAAGUAUUAGGAAUUUGAGCGAAGGGAACUCGUAUGUGUUGAAGGGAACACAUUUACAGAACAGAUCAAUAGAUCACAUAAUACCUUGACAGUUAGAUUAACAGAAAGGCAAUUCACGAAUGGCCUGUUUUUACAUUUACAUUUAAGUCAUUUAGCAGACGCUCUUAUCCAGAGCGACUUACAAAUUGGUGCACUCACCUUAUGACAUCCAGUAGAACAGUCACUUUACAAUAGUGCAUCUAAAUCUUAAA